AUACAUAUUUUUUUUGUGAAUUGGUAUAUAUAUAUUUGUACCCAAUUCCACCCCCCCCCUCGAGGAAUCCUUUUUCUGUUCUUCUCGAUCAUUAAGUCUUGAACCUUUACUCUCGCUUUUUAACAGUUAUAAUAAACAAUGAGAUUUACUUCAAUCAUCGCCACUGCGGUUUUAUUGACACAAGCUAUUGCACUUGAUGUUGCUUGUUUGGUUUCAGGUGUUCGAGUUGCUGUCGUGGACUUGGAUACUGGUAUCUGUCCAUUUACCAUCCCAUCAGGAUUACCAAUUUUGUUUGACUUUGUUUCUCCUCAAGAUUACAAUAUUAUCUUCUACUACUCAAUUGCUGCUGGUGAAAGAUACUUUAAUGACAUUGUUCAUGCCGGUAAUAUUAUCAGUAUUCCAGCCAAGAUAUUGUUUAACACCCCAGGUGCUCCAUUAUACCAAGUUAGAGCUCAAAAAGAACCAGCUUCCAACUCCACUGAAGCUUUAAGAAGAAGGUUAUGGAAAGAUACCGUCAUUGAAAAGAGAGAUGAUGCUUCAGAUUUUGCAGAAACUCUCAAGGAUCUCGAUGGUACUUUGGUUGGUCCAGAUGUAUUCCAGGUUGUUCCUGUUGAUGAAGCUACUUGUACAGAAGAAAUAACCACUGAAGUUUGUACUGUUGUUAACGUUGUCACCUGUACAAAGACUGUUUGUGAACCAACAACUGUUCCAGCUAAGCCAACUUGCAUCACCACAACUGUCAAUGAAGUUGUCACCGUUUUGACCACUUAUUGUCCAGAAUCCUCAAUUGCUGUACCAACUUUCAUCGUUACCAUCACCGAAGCUGAAACUGUUAUUACUUGUCCAGCUACUCCAGCACUUACUACUGUCACUAGUGCAGGUGUCACCACCGUAGUUGUCACUACUGUUCCAGUUACCCAAACUGUUACCAAGCCAGCUGCUCCAGGUGUUGCUACCGCUACUACUCCAGCUGCCCCAGCCGGUUCUGCUGUUGCUACUGCUUCUACUCCAGGUGCUCCAGGUGCCUCAGGUGCUGCCACUGUUGCUCCAGCUGGUUCCACUACCAAUGCAGUCGUUUCCACUUUCGGAAAUGGUGCUGCUAGUGUUGGUUCUACCUUCUUGGCUUUAGCUUUGAUCCCAUUAGGUUACCUCAUUUAAUCAGAUCCAUAUCUUUUUUGUGAUAUAUUUUAUGGUCAAAAUUAAAAGAAGUUGACACUUAUUUUUUUUUCGUUCCUUUUUGAGAGUGGCUAAUUAUGUUUUUGCAGCCAUAGGAUUUUAACUUGGUGUUCCCAAGGUGGUUUUUUUUUUUCUGAUUCUUGUUUCCUUUCUUUUUUCCACGUUACUGUUGGACAUUCGUUUAUAUUUCUAUGGUUGAUCGGUUAGUUUUGUAAAUG